UGUGUAGCUGAGGGAAGCUUCCGUUGUUCUUAGAGACGGUUGAUGGACGCGCUCCGGCCUGCACUGCGGAGCUCAGCGCUAUUUUGAGAUCAAAUUUUCGUCCCAGACUUUCGUCCCUUUUCCGAGGCGGCGUUUAAGAUAAUCUACUAUUCGGGAUUGUGAUUUGUUUUUCUUUCUUUGAAGAUGAGUUCCGGGACGAACGUCGUGCAGGUGACUAACGUGUCCCCGAGCACCACCUCGGAGCAAAUGCGCACUCUGUUCGGUUUCCUGGGAACCGUCGAAGAGCUCAAACUGUUCCCUCCAGAUGACUCCACCAUGCCAGUGACUUCGCGCGUGUGCUUCGUGAGGUUUAACGAGCAGGAGUCGGUCGGCGUUUCCCAGCACCUUACAAACACGGUCUUUGUGGACAGGGCUCUUAUAGUUGUGCCCUACGCAGAAGGUGUGAUCCCCGAUGAGUCAAAAGCUUUGUCGCUGAUGGCGCCUGCGAACGCCGUCGCCGGGCUUCUUCCAGGGGGAGGACUGCUGCCGACACCCAACCCUCUAGCAUCGAUGGGAGGCGGAGUUCUGGGUGCUCUCGGUGGUCCAGCCAUGUUACCUGGAGCCGGCAUGAACCCCCAGGCGCUCUCUGCCGAUCAGAUUCUGAAGCUGAUGACCUCAGUGGAUCCAAAGAUGAACCCGAUGGCGGCAGGCAUGGGUCUGAAGGCAGACGCUUCCAACAAGGAAAUCGAGGAAGCCAUGAAGAGAGUCCGAGAGGCCCAGUCCCUCAUCUCUGCUGCGAUUGAGCCCAGUAGUAAAAAAGACAGCAAGCGCAAGCAUUCUCGCUCCAGAUCCAGGUCUAGAUCCCGACGCAGGAGAUCCCGCUCUCGCUCCCGACACAGGAGGUCCACCAGCAGGACUCGGAAACGCUCCCGGUCCCGCAGCCGCAGACGCUCCCGAAGCCCCAGGAGGAGGAGAUCCCGCUCCAGAGACCGUGGCCGCCGCUCCGCCAGCAGAUCCAGGGACAGAAAAAAAGAGGACAAAGACAAGAAACGCUCUAAAACACCUCCAAAGAGCUACAGCACCGCCAGGAGAUCUAGAAGCACGAGCCGGAGACGAAAGAGGAGCGUUAGCCGAUCUCCUCGAAGAUCUCCCAAGAGAAGAUCCAGGACACCGUCGCCAAGGCGACACAAGAAGGAGAAGAAGAGAGACCGGGAACGAGAGAAGGACCGAGAGCGUGAUCGCGACAGGAGGUCUGACCACCGAGAGCGGGAUCGCGACGAGUCCGAGCGCUCCUCUAACAAGAAGAAAAAGAGCAAAGAUAAGGAGAGAGAGCGGACGUCCGAUAGCGAGAAGCGAGACGUGAAGGUGACUCGAGACUAUGACGAGGAGGAACAGGGAUACGACAGCGAGAAGGAACGCGAGGCAAAGUAUUCCGACGAUUCUGGUUCCUCUCCCGCACGCUACGAAGGCGACAGCGCCAAGCACACGCCUAAACAGGCCAAGCAGAACGGAGACGACCACAACGAAGAACAGGACAUGGACGUGAGCGACUGAGAGCCACGAAGACACCCGACGAACUUUGAACGAACCGUAUCAUGAUUUGCUUUACCCUCGUGGUCGUCUCUCCUUCUUUAAUAACCUCAGAGUUUAACAUUUAACUGUUUCUCCUCUUCAUCAGCCACGUGAGCGUUUAAUGCGAUUUGGGUUCAAUAACACAAAGUAGCCUGUGUUUCCUUUCCAUCCUGUUUUGCUCUUUAAAAGGGAAGGAUCGUUCAUUUGUCGCUGUUUGUUUUCGGUCUCUUCGUUGCUUCCCUUUUGGCUCAGCAAUUGACAAAUAGCUAUUUUUUGUUGUUGUUUUUUUCUUUCUUAAUACCAUGUCUACAAGACUGUUUAACGUCCACGGAUCUCUUGGAGAAAGUUUUUGCCCCCCUCCCCUUUUCCAUUUAUCAUUUUGAUACCGAUCUUUGCCGUAAUUGUCAUUUUAAAUAGAACAUGUACAUGAUUAGUGCUUUAUAUUCCUAGACUUCAUAUUCAGUAGAUGAUCAUCCUGGAGUUGGAAUUUUUUAUACUGUAAAUAAACUCGCUUGAGUCAAA